ACCGCUCCUCUGUUGGAGUUGGCAGUGCGAGCGGUCGCAGCCAGGCUGCACAAAUACGACAUCGACUCUCUGCCUGCUGACUUGGCACAAUUGGUUCUUGACGAACUGAUCUACACAGCGAGCUUGGACCAGGAAGGGCUAGCUUUGUUCAGCAGGCAACACAUAUACAACCUCAAGCUGGGCGAGUGUGCUGGGGUGGAGGAUGACUGGUUGAGGCAUCUUGCCCCUCAGGGCACUGGAAUGCAUGGCUUGUUCAUCACCAAACAUUCUGGUGCUGCAGGGCUUACAAAUCUCAGGGAUCUCAGUCUACAGGGCUGCGAAGGGCUGUCGAGCCUGUCAGCUUUGACUGACCUGUCCAAGGUCACCAGCCUGAAUCUGAAGGGCUGCUCUGGCAUCAGUGGCUUGCGGCACCUGUCAGGUGCGCUUUUUUGUGCCUCCUUGGGCUCUGUUGCUCAGAUGUGUGGGUCUGAGUAUUGGUCUGGCGCAUGGGCAGGCAUGAAGCAGCUGGAGAAUCUGGACCUAAGCUGGUGCAGCGGGAUCACAGAUGCAGAUGUCAAGGCGCUCGCAGCCCUGACGGCCAUCACAGGCCUGCAGCUGUCCAGAACACUGGUGGCGGACUCGGGCAUUUUUGCGCUGCGGAGCAUGAGCAGGCUGCGCUGCCUGGGCUUGGCCGGCUGCUCCGGAAUCAGCAACGGCGCUGUGGGAUCCGUGUCUGCGCUGACAUCCCUGGAAGAGCUCAAUCUGGAGUGGUGCACCGUAAGCGUCAAAGGCCUGAGCCACCUCAGCACGCUGACCGAGCUGAGGAGCCUCAACGUGGCGUACACCACAGCGGGAGACAACGCCCUUGCAGCCUGGACCUCGCUGACUAACCUGCGCACCCUCAACCUCGACUCCUGCCCUGUCUCCGACAGGGGACUGCACCACAUCUCGGAGCUGACAAAUUUGGAGGAUGUCAACCUGUCGGACACAGCCAUCACAGACCAGGGCAUGAUCGCAUUCGCUCCCCUGAAGGGCAUGCAGCGCCUGAACCUCUCCUACACAGCCGGCGUGGGGGAUUUGGGCCUGGCGGCGGUGGCGCGGCUCACGGCGCUGACAGAGCUGCACCUGGACGGCCGCAGCUUCACGGAUGUGGGCCUGCGCACGAUUGCGCCCCUGACACAGCUGCAAACGCUUGACCUCUUCGGCGCGCGCAUCACUGACGCCGGCUGCGUCCACCUCCGGCCGUUCCGGCGGCUGGAGCGGCUGGAGAUCUGCGGCGGCGGCAUCAGCGACGAGGGAGUCAAGGAGCUCAUCUGGCUGACUGGACUGCAGCACCUGUCGCUCGCGCAGAACGCGCGCAUCACCGACCGCGCAUCGCUGUUUCUGUCCGGUUUGUCGCAGCUGCGCGGUUUGAAUUUGACCGGCACGCAGCUCACCGGCAACGGCAUCCUGCCCCUGCGCUCCCUCACGAAUCUGGAGAGCCUAUGCCUGAAGCGCACGCGAGUGAAGCAGGCGGCGGCCGACCGGCUGCAGCCGCUGCUGCCGCGCAUUCACAACCUCAACUGCUGA